AUGAGGAUGUGGGCACUGUGGCUGCAUCUCUGGGUGGCCACACAUCGAGCCAGAGCCUUUUGCGGCCAAGGAGAGUGGGGCUGCAGGGCUGCAGGGUGCUCCGCCAGCCAGGCCUUGUGCCCGCUGCCAGGGCCUCAGGCACCUGGAAACCCAUUCCUGGAGGCAGGCUGCCACAUGAGCAAGUGUAGUGACUGUGCCCUGUUCUGUGGGGGCAAGCAGCUGUGCGACCAGUCCCGCUUCCUCGGCAUUCGGUGUCCUGCGUGUUCCUUGGGCUCUCAUGAGCAGUGGGGAAAUGCUGCCCUCCUAACGUGGUGUCUUGCCUUGCAGAACUCCAUUCGUCACAACCUGUCCCUGCAUAGUAAGUUCAUCCGCGUGCAGAACGAGGGGACUGGGAAGAGCUCCUGGUGGAUGCUCAACCCAGAGGGCGGCAAGAGCGGGAAGUCCCCCAGGAGAAGAGCGGCAUCCAUGGACAACAACAGCAAGUUCGCCAAGAGCCGGAGCCGGGCUGCCAAGAAGAAGGCCUCCCUGCAGCCCGGUCAAGAGGGCGCUGGGGACAGCCCUGGCUCUCAGUUCUCCAAGUGGCCCUCGAGCCCUGGCUCUCACAGCAAUGAUGACCUUGAUAACUGGAGCACGUUUCGUCCUCGCACCAGCUCCAAUGCCAGCACAAUUAGCGGGCGGCUGUCACCCAUUAUGACCGAACAGGACGACCUUGGGGAGGGCGACGUGCAUUCCAUGGUGUACCCGCCGUCUGCCGCCAAGAUGGCCUCCACUCUCCCCAGCCUGUCUGAGAUAAGCAAUCCCGAAAACAUGGAAAACCUUCUGGAUAAUCUCAACCUUCUCUCGUCGCCGACAUCGCUGACCGUUUCAACCCAGUCCUCCCCAGGUGCCAUGAUGCAGCAGACGCCGUGCUACUCGUUCACCCCGCCAAACACCAGCCUCAAUUCGCCCAGCCCAAACUACCAAAAGUACACGUACGGCCAGUCCAGCAUGAGCCCUUUGCCCCAGAUGCCUAUGCAGACACUUCAGGACAGCAAGUCCAGCUUUGGCGGCAUGAGUCAGUAUACCUGUGCGCCAGGACUCCUGAAGGAGCUGCUGACUUCUGACUCUCCUCCCCAUAAUGACAUGAUGACACCUGUCGAUCCCGGGGUGGCCCAACCAAACAGCCGGGUUCUGGGCCAGAAUGUGAUGCUGGGCCCCAGUUCGGUCAUGUCAACCUACGGCAGCCAGGCAUCUCAUAACAAAAUGAUGAGCCCCAGCUCCCAUGCCCACCCUGGACAUGCUCCGCAGACAUCUGUGGUCAAUGGGCGUGCCCUGCCCAACGCACUUGGCUCCAUGCCUCACACCUCGGGCAUGAGCCGCCUGACCCCAGUGAAGACGCCUUUGCAAGUGCCUCUGCCCCACGCCAUGCAGAUGAGUGCCCUGGGGGGCUAUUCCUCAGUGAGCAGCUGCAACGGCUACGGCAGGAUGGGUCUUCUCCACCAGGAGAAGCUCCCGAGUGACUUGGACGGCAUGUUUGUCGAGCGCUUGGACUGUGACAUGGAGUCCAUCAUUCGGAACGACCUCAUGGAUGGAGACACGUUGGAUUUCAAUUUUGACAAUGUGCUGCCCAGCCAAAGCUUCCCGCACGGCGUCAAGACUACAACACACAGCUGGGUGUCGGGCUGAGUGUGAGCCGGCUACACUUAAAAGUGGUUCAGAUUAUCUGACAGCAGGAACUGAGAGAAGCAGUCCAAAGAUGCCCUUCAUUGCCCCUUUUGGUCUUCUUGACUUAAAAACAAAAAAC